AUGAGAAAAAAGUGGAUGUUGGAGGAUUUUCAUUUUAUCUUUUUUGGUGUGCUCUGUCUCCUUUUCAUAGAUGGAGGUAAACUAGAACAAGUAAAACAUUCAGAUACAUACUGUGUGUUUCAAGAUAAGAAGUAUCGUGUAGGAGAAAGAUGGCAUCCUUACCUAGAACCCUAUGGCCUUGUUUACUGCGUUAAUUGUCUUUGCUCAGAGAAUGGAAAUGUACUGUGCAGCAGAAUAAGAUGCCCAAGUCUACACUGUCCUUCCCCUGUGCAUGUACCACAGCUGUGCUGCCCACGAUGCCCAGAAGACUCCCUUUUCUCAGUAAGCAGCAAAAUCACCGGGAAAUCCUGUGAAUACAAUGGCACCACCUACCAUCAUGGCGAAAUGUUUGUGGCAGAGGGGCUUUUCCAAAACAGGCAAGCAAACCAGUGUGCCCAGUGCAGCUGCUCAGAAGGAAAUGUGUACUGUGGGUUGAAGACUUGUCCCAAAUUAACUUGCUCUUUCCCAGUUUCUGUUCCGGAGUCCUGCUGUCCAGUUUGCAGAGGAGAUGGAGAAUUAUCAUGGGAACAUUCUGACGGAGAUAUCUUCCGGCAGCCAGCCAACAGGGAAGCCAGACACUCAUACCAUCGCUCCCACUACGACCUGUCACCCAGCUCCGCGAGGCAGGUAGUCAAUAUUCCACGAUUUCCCAAUGCCAGGAGUAACCGUGGAGUCCUACCGGAUCCCCAGCAAGCUUCAGGAACAAUAGUACAAAUCGUCAUCAACAACAAGCAUAAGCACGGACGAGUUUGUGUUUCAAAUGGCAAAACAUACUCACAUGGUGAAUCUUGGCAUCCUAACCUCCGAGCCUUUGGAAUCGUAGAGUGUGUGUUGUGCACCUGCAACAUCACCAAACAAGAAUGUAAGAAAAUUCAUUGUCCAGAACAAUAUCCCUGCAAAUACCCUCAGAAAGUAGAAGGAAAAUGCUGUAAAGUCUGUCCAGAAGAAGUGCCAAGUCAAACCUUUGACAACAAAGAUUACUUCUGUGGGAAAGAGACAUUUCCUGUCUAUGAAUCCGUUUUCACAGAGGAAGGAGAAACCAUCAGAAAAAUUGCAGUAGAGACUGAAAAGCCACCUCAAAUAGAAAUACAUGUGUGGACAAUUAGAAAAGGGAUUCUGCGUCACUUCUAUGUUGAAAAAGUGUCCAAGAGAGAAUUUGAAGAACUUCCUUACUUCAAGCAGAUAACAAGAACAACCCCUAGCCAGUGGAAAAUAUUUAGCGAGGGAGAAGCUCAGAUCAGCCAAAUGUGUGAAAGCAGAGUGUGCAGGACUGAGCUCGAGGAUUUGGUAAAGGUUUUGUACCUUGAAAAGUCUGAAAAGGGUCACUGUUAAGGGAGACAGCACUGGAGGGAGAAACACAAGAAAACUUAUGAAAACUUGGAUCUGCAGCUGGACUGCAGGCUUAUUUUGCUUAAGUCAACAGUUGCCCUAAAACCCAAAACUAUAAUGCAGUAAUUAUUCACAUCAUGCACAGCAAAUUUGCUGCUUUAUGUGUAGUGGUCUGUGUCAACCAUUCAAAUAUCUCCUCCCAAAGACUAGGAGGCUCUGUAUUACUGGUGGGGGAAGGAGAAAGAGAGACUGUACUUUCCCAGAGUUGCAUUUCUUUACAAGUUAAAAAGAGAAAACGGAACAUUUUUAUUAUUAUUAUUAUUUGGCAAGUUAUUCAAACCAAUGCAAAGAAGGACACCUAAUAAAUGUGCAGGAGCUAUGGAGAGCAUUAUUUCCUGUGCUGAAUUUAUACCAUUUCUGGAGUUGAAAUGACUCAUGGAUUUUUUUUUAGUAGUGGAGGAAAAAUACAAAUGAUACAAUACUUGUGCUGGAGACAUAAAAAACAGAUUUAAACUAACGAACUCCUAAGCAGCCUGCCUUUGGGAUGAUGUCUUGUAGUUGAGCAAACUGAGUCCAUAAACUGAACAGCAGGUGCUAGUGGCAAUCACUAUAUUUUUGUAGCAAUUUGAGCAAAUGUUCACUUUUAAGUGGUUUUCACCGCUUCCUCCACCCACUUCUCUAAAAAAUGUGAAGUGUUAGCUCCCUAUCACAGCCCUAAUAACUUCAUUCUUCCGGGCCCUAUUAACACACGGUCUUGGCUGAUAAACUGCUUUCUAAAGUGAUGUGGCAGGUGGUGGUGAAGUACUUGCAGUACUUUCAAAACACCUAGAGGGUUAAACCUCCCGAUUAUUACUCCUUAAGAGUUGCGACAGUGCUUAAUUUAUUUGUUCUGAUUUGUUACAAACCUAAUCUUCUGCAUUUUUCUGAGGGUGACUUCUCAAUUUGCACGCUUCAAGGACAGCUCUCUCCCAUGACAAACACCAAACAGCCACAGCAGACCUUUAGAACGCAGCAGCUCUGUGAAAACUGUUAUCUUUGUGAAAGACAAAUCUGAGAGAUUCUGUUAAAUUUAGUAUAGCAUGCCUAGAGUGUGUUUAAGAAAGGUGGCUCUCAUCUGCAGAAAAAGUACAAGUAUAAAUUAAAAAAUGGUUUCUCUGAAGAGUCACCAAAGUACUGCAUUGGCUCGUGGCUGCAAUGUUGGAUUAAAUCCCAAGCAGCAAGCGACUCUGCCUGCUUUUGCUCCCAUUUCCUACUCCAAAGCAGACAGGAAUACUGCUGUUCAAACACACGCUAGGAAACAAAGAUUUGUGGAAAUGGUCUGAGCCAGAGGUUCUUCCCAGGGAGUGAAAUCAACAGUGACAGCAAGGAUUUUGAGGUUUGUCAUUCUGCCAGUGACAGCACUCAGGGGUGUACCCAUUUCUAAAGGGAUGAAGGUGUGGGAGAGCUCAGUGCUGAAUGCCAAAAGCCCGUUUGAGGCGGAGUUUCACCAUCCUGAGGGGAUCCUUGCCCUGAGCAGCAAACCCUGGCAGCCUCCCUCUGCAGUGCAGGCCUCAGGGCCAGGCUUCUUCGUGCCACCCAGGUCCUGCCUGUGCUGCCCGCAGCGUUGGGAGGAGUGUAAUGCAGGGCUUCUCAACAAAGAGGGGCAAGUGAGGAGAACAGACAUGAAGGUGAAGGAAGGGCUGAAAGGAAUUAGGAGAAUACAUAUAGGGUGAUCUCGGGUCCUUAGCAAUUUUGCCUGUGUAUAACCCCCCUGUUGUCCCUAGGCCUGGACAGAGAGCAGAUAAUAUUUAGGAAUACUUCCCUCCCUACCAAGCACUCAACGCGGUCCACUGCAUAACAGGAAAACACACUAAAAAGGGAGCUCCUCCAGCAACUGUGUGGAUUUGCAAGAACGAAAUGUUCUCACCUGGUAUCAGUAAGAACCAUGGGGGUCUCUUUCCAAGCCUACGUGGGCUGCAGGGAAAUCCUCCGUGGUCCCUCCACAGCCGCAGGGGAGUCUCUGCUGGGGGCCUGGAGCCCCUCCGCCCUCCUCCCGCCCGGCCCUCGGUGUCGCAGGGCUGUUCCUCACACUUUUUCCCUCAGCCCUCGCCGACCAGCAGCGUUCUGCCCUUUCUCGAACGCGCCUUCCCCGAGGCACCGCCAU